AUGAAGACGAGCACAGCCAGUCGAAAAGGCGGCAUGUCGCGGCAACAUGGCUGCAUGCAAGGAAGGACGGGCGAAGGAGGCAGCGGCUCUUCAGUGGAUGCGUACAAGGAAAGGGAGACGCUUCUCCGUGCGCAGUCUUGGGAGUCCAUCUUCAUCUCUCAGGUGCUCCGAUUGACAGCCGGGCGACAUGAGACCUCGAGCGGCGUCGACAAAUCUCUGACAACAGCGCCGACGCCUCAGAAGGAAUCGGCAGAACAGCCUUUGCUUUCUUGCGAAAAGGAAGGCAUCUCGCGAAAAAGUGGAGAAGAAACAACGGACGCAACGCUCGGACAGGACGGCUGUCGACGCGGCCUGCCGAGCAGAAACGCUGAGAGAGUAAGAGAAGCGGGGGACGGAAAACGAGGCCAGCAAGCUCGAGGAAGGAGAGAAGAACUUCGCGGGGAGACGGGAGAAGAAGCAGAGAGAACUGGGAAGGUAGAGGAAGCGGAAAGUGAGGGAGGUGAGGGGGACUGUUGCCCCAGCGCGCUGGUCACAAAAGAAGACAGGGAGGACGCGAGCGAUUUUGAGCUCAUCGGGGGACUUCCGCUCCCAGACCAGACCCUGCGCUUCGACGCUCUGGAGCUGCGUCAACUCUUGGAUCGAACGCCACAGGCUCUUCUUCCCGUUCUUUCCUCGGAAAAACGUUCCUUUUCUUCGCCGUCGUCCCCGGCGCUGCCUACCAGUCGGUCCUCGGUGUCUGCAGAGCCCAACCCUGUUACUGACUCUGCUCCGCGUCCGCCUCUCUCUUCUGCUCCGAUCCAUUCAUCUUUGCGCUGUUCGUCUCCGUCCUCGCCUGGUGCGUCUGGCCUACCUUCUUCCAGCCCCUCUUCUGUCUCUUCUGGUUCCUCAUCUUCGUCUCCGUGCGUUUCGUCGUUGCUUUCUGUCUCUGAUUCGUCUGCGGGCUCCCCCGCUGUCGCGUUGUCUCCUUCGCUGUCUUCGCGGAUUCUGACUAGCGAAGAAGUGUCUCUGUCUCUGGGUGCUUCUGCGCGUCUCGCCGUCUACGAAGUGUGCACAGGCGCGCUUUUGCUUCCCGCGUUUCUGUCGGAAUCCGAGCAGCUCUAUCUCGCUCGCGAGUGUCUCUCUGUCUACAGCAGACCCCCGCACAUUUGCAACAUCUGCAAUCUCCUCGGCGCCAGAGAGACGCCCGAGGCCGCGUCUUCUUCCCUCCCUUCCUCUGCGGAAAAGCGCGGACAAGGGAACGGCAACCUCUGUGAAGACGGCCAGAGUCGCAGCUCCUCCCCGAAGGAGAAUCUGGAACGGAAGGCGGGGGAAGGCGAGAGCUCGAGGGACGCCCACGAGCCAGUUGCAUGCAGGCAAUUCGACGGGGAUCUCUCACGGGAGAAUCCCUCCGUCUUUGUGAAGAACCAGCUCCGAUGGGUGACUCUAGGACGGCACUACGACUGGACGCGGAGGGCGUACGAAGACGAAGGAGAGGAGCGUCCGUCCAGAGCUCCUUCAUCGCUCGGUCGUGCGAGUGCGGCUGAGGACACAAAAAGGCGGGGCGAAUCCCGCACUGAGCACCUCGAGAACCAACCCGGCGCUUGUGGCGAAGACGCAGCCGCGUCCUCUUCGUGUUGUCCCUCCUCUUCAUUGCCUACUCUGCCUACUUGUCCUCCGACUUCGCCUUCCUUCGACAGAUCUUGCUUGUCCGCCCCUUGUUUGGGUUCCUCUGAAUCUUCGAAAUGGUCAACAAAUGGCUCGGCAAGGGAAGAGACAGACACACAGUCUCGGACUGAAUCAAGCGCGCUCCCCACUGAGAGCCCUGCAGAAGCGAAAGUCGAGACCGGAAGCGAGCAGCCCGGCCCCGAGGCCGCAAACACGAAGCAGCGAGAAGGCUGCGGGGUGGCGUCCAGUGGCGAGAAAGGCGAGGCCAGGGAAGAAGAAAGGGAAGACGAAAGGGGAGAAGAAAGGGAAGCAGAACGGCAGACCACAACAAAGACGACGCGUACAGACAGAGGAUUAGGCGACGAAAAGGCAAACGUGAAUCAUGCUGGACUGCCGAGAUUUCCGCCGGCACUCGAGAAGCUGUGUGACGACAUUCUCCAGUUCGCUGAGCCGUUUCUUCAAGGGGCAACAGCAGCAGGGUGCAAAAGGCCCAAAAUGAAUGCCGCCAUUCUGAAUGUUUAUCGAAAGGGCGAUCGUUUGCGAGGCCACAAGGACGACGCAGAGAGAGUUGAAGCGCCUCUUAUCUCCAUAAGUCUCGGACAGCCGGCAAUCUUCCUUCUUGGUGGCGUCUCUCGACAAGUGGCGCCUAAAGCAGUAGUCCUUCGAUCUGGAGACGUUCUGGUUCUCUCUGGACCUGCGCGCUGGGCUGUUCACGGCGUCCCGAAGCUGCUGUACUAUACCUCGGUCACCAGUGUACCGGCACGCCGGCGAAGACGAAAGCCGAAAGGUGCCGUGGCGACGCCUUCAGGAAUGAAAGCACAACGCCCGGAAACCAGUGUGCAAGGAGGGCGUCGUCUACAUGACAGGAAAACACGUGAAACCGUGACAUCCACCGUCAGAGGGGUGUUGGAGGAAACUGGACUAACACACUUGAGUGCGCUGGACGCUGAAGGGAGUCUGAGGCUCCUCAAAUCAGAGAAGCGUCGAGAAAACCUCCACAGCGCUGCUAUUCCGCACUGGGUGAAUCUUCUUGAGUCUCGUCGACAUCGGAGCGGUACUACCUUCUCCGAUGCAGCUGACAACAGCUCUCGCGGAGGAGGCGUUUCGAGGUCGGACAACGAACCAGGUCGAUUUGAAAAGGUUCCGUGGCCGACUCUCGACGACGUGGACGCGUGGCUGGGAGAGUUGCGUUUGAAUCUGAGUUGUCGGUAUGAUAACCAUCCGCACUAG